AUGAAAGAUCUAGGAGAGUUGAAAUACUUUCUUGGAAUAGAGUUUGUAAGGUCAAACAGUGGAGUAGCUAUGCAUCAAAGGAAAUAUGCACUUCAACUCAUUUCAGAGAUUGGUUUAUCAGGAGCAAAGACUGCUGGAACACAUAUUGAUAAUAUGAAAUUGACAUCAAGGCAUUAUGAUGAACAAACUGGACAAAAUCAGGAGGAACCUCUAACAGAUCAAGUCACUUAUCAAAAGUUGAUCAGGAAAUUGCUAUAUCUCAACAUGACAAGGCCUGACAUUUCUUUUAGUGUACAAACACUAAAUCAGUUCCUACAUCAACCUAAAAAGUCCCAUAUGGAUGCAGCAUUGGGAGUUGUUAAAUACAUCAAAAGGCAACCAGGUCAAGGUAUAUCACUGUCCAGUAAUUGUAGUAGUGAAAUUACAGCUUUCUGUGAUGCAGAUUGGGAUGCAUGUCCUCUUAUCAGGAAGUACUGGAUAUUUGAUUAA